GGGGAUUCUAUUCGAAUCAGUAAGAACUGUCACAAGAGUGGUUAACAUUAGGUAUUAGUGCAUUAAAUAGCCGGGUCAAAACUUUGUUCUUUAGCUAUAAAAAUGGCUGUUCAUUUGAAGAAAAGAGCUUAUGAAGAAUUUAGCCAUGUAAUACAAGAAUCACCAAAGCCACAGGUAAAACGAUUAAAGAUCACAAAACUACCAAAAGUUGGUCAAAGUUCAUCAAGAUUUGAGGAUCUCGAGUUACAACUGGAUGGACAGAGCUCGGCAAAUGUUUUGCAGAAGUUGCUCAAACUUUCCAAAAAACUUCCAAUUCCUGCCGAACACGUCCAGCCGUGUUUAGAAAUUUUGUUCAAUCAGUUUCAUGUUGAAACAGACACUGCUGUUCGCACUAAAAUAGCUUGGUUGAUUGGGAAACUAUGUUGUAAGAUGUGCAUGUCUCAAAGUUAUUGGGAGCCUUGCAUCAAACAAACAAAUCACCAAACCUUCUGCUGAGAAAAAAUGGGACCAAGUGAACAUCCACACACUUGUUGCUGAUUAUUUUGGAGAUCCAGAACCGAGAGUAAGAAGUAGCUCUCUUGCAGCUCUGAUUGAAAUGCACCAGCGUGGACAGCAGUUGGAGAUGCCGGUAUAUGAACAAGCAUGUUCUGCCUUACAUGAUGAUUAUGAGAGGGUUAGAUUUCUUGCUGUGGAACUUGUGUGGAUUAUGAGUCACAUUUACCCAGAAAACAUGGUUAAAGCUCCUUAUUCUGAUGAGAAACUCCGUUUGGUGGACGAUGCGUUCGCUUACAUCUGUAAUAUGUUCAAUGACAGUUCUUAUAAGGUAAGAGCAGAAGCAGCUCGUCUACUUGGUUCUAUGCAUCUCGUGAGCGAUUCAUUUCUGUUUCAAACUCUCGACAAAAAACUGAUGUCAGAUUUGCGGAGGAAAAAAUCUUUGAAUGAGCAAGCAAAAGAAGGUUUUGUUGAAGAGUUUUCUUCCGGAGCAAAAUGGGCGGAUGACGCUCCAAUCAAAGAUCACAAUCCGGACUCAAAUAUGCUGAUGAGCAGUGGAGCUUGUGGAGCGUUUGUUCAUGGUCUGGAAGAUGAAAUGAUGGAGGUUAGAAGUGCAGCAGUUGAUUCACUCACAGAGCUCGCAUCUCAAAGAAGCAGUUCUUCAUUUGCUCAGGCUGCGUUGGAUUUCCUGGUGGAUUGCUUGAAUGACGAGAUUGAAGCUGUGAGACUUAACGCUGUCAACUCCCUGCACAAAAUAGUGGAGCACGUUACACUGCUUGAGGAUCAACUAGACAACGUACACUCAGCCAUGGAAGAUGCUUGUAAAGACAUCAGAGAAGGAAUUCAUCAAUUACUUAGCAGUUGCAGAUUGAUGUCGAAAGCUUGUUUGUACGAUACAGUGAUGAUGUUGCUUAAAAACUUAUCAAAAUAUCCUCAAGACAGAAGAUCAAUUUGGAGGACCCAGCAGCAUGUGGGGAAACGACACAGUGAACUUGUUUAUCUUCUCGUACCACAGUUGUUGUCUUGCCAUCCUUUCUUUGCAACAUCUGAGCCCGAGAUGGAUGACCCAAGUUUGGUGCAGAUUCAUGCCACGUGGCAAUACCUUCUACAUCGAAAACUUCUCGAUGUCCGGCUAACUUUAUCUCGCGUACUAUGGACAGAGUCAAAAACCUGCAGGUAUAUGAACCUUCAGAACAACGUAAGUUACUCGAUUGCACGAUUCGUGAUCUUCGUCACGCAGCGGAUGUUGCUCCUUCCCUCGCGUCCACCGCUCAGUGCUCGGCAGAUUAUCUACAAGCUCAACUUCUCCUCUCAAAAGCUGUAGAUACGAGAAGUUGGACAGGUUCAAGUCACAUAUGCGCUCAACAUACAGCAUUCGCUAAACCUGCAGCAAAUCAAAUCAUCCAACUCACUAAAGAACUUGAGCAUCUUUACCUAGGCUUAAGCACGAAUGAAAUAGCUUUGGUUCUCCAACUGCGACUUAAGGCACAAGCUUUGCUGUUUGUAUUGGAAAUGCAAGAAGCCACUUUGAGUAGAAAAAACAAAUCACAAUCCAGUGGUGAAAAACCAUUGAAACCAAGCAAGCUGUGUGAAGAAUUCUUCCAUAGAGUCCAGGAACUUAAAUCAAUCCUCGAGAAGAGUGACAUUGCUCCGGACUCAUUCAGCCGGACUCUUUUUAACGAACUUCUUAAGCUUUCUGCGUCGAGAAAACCUUCUCUUGUCGUGAAACUCCUGCAACCACUCUUGUCGCAUUACAGUGCUUCAGAAGUAGAUUUGAAUAACAAGGUCCAGAAGUCACGAGUCAUCAUACAUGAGCCACAACCCAACCCUGAUUCACCUGUGGUCAUUAGUGCUGGGUUGGUGGCUGCACUUAAUGUUGAUGCGGUUGCUGAAAAUCUAACUAACCCGCUCCAUGAAAUAAGAAUCCAAGUAAUAUAUCCUGACUCCACGUCUCAGUUGUUCAAUCUUUCACCACAAGAUGUGAAACAAAGCACUCCAUUUAAACAUAAAAUAUCUACAAAGAUAUAUUUAAGCCAUGAGCAGUGGAGUGAGGCGUGCGUCGUGAAAUUACUUUUCGUUAAAAUCGUUCGUGCACCGUUGGAUGUCAAACAUAACACAACGACAUCAGAAACCCUUCCGUUAUCGAAGGCAGUUGAAGUCACUUUUCAUCCAAAACCAGCUUCAAGAGCUUAAUCUAAUGCGUUUUUUUGGUGGUGUCAAUAAAAGUUUAAUCUAUUUGUUUUCUCUGAAA